UCACUAUGGGUGCGCGGGGUUGACCUCUGACCUUUGGCGAAUUCUGUGUCGCCUACUGUCGAGUUGAACCCACCUAACCACAUCCCUGUACUGUAGCAGCGGACGGGAAUUCUUCCCGAGUUUGUGGAGGUCCUCUUCUGCCUUUUACAACGACAGGCCGUGGUGUUAUACGUAGAGAACUAGACACAGGAGUGAAGGAAUCCCCUGUCUAGCUAAGAGCGGUUGUGAGGUGGCUUUGUUUACCAAAAACUCGGUCAGUCUCCAAAACAAGGACACUACGUCACCAGCUUGUACAAAAACGAACGUGGAAACGCGUACCGGAAAUCUCUGAUACCGCGGGAUUCUGACUGACAAAGAUCGGCGUAAUAUUACACCCUGUCGGCAACUCAUGAAGUGACCCAAAUUCCAUAUCAGUGGUCUUAAUCAAUUUCCAAAAUAAAAACAAUAGAAGGUAUAGAGAAGAAAGAAGGAGAAAGGGAGAGACUGAAAGUUUUUCUUGACGGUCAUGAGGAGAGAUAUGCUCUAAAUUAACAGUAUGAUUGACGAAGUCAUCACACCGACACGAGUAGGCUAUACGGGUGGCCGGGGAAAACCCAGCGGCAACUCCGUACCUGCCAGUAGGGGAGGCAACAGGCGACCUCAACCUAUAGUAGAGGACAUGAUACCCCUUAGUACCGCCAAGCCAACUGGGGGACGCGGUGGACCCCCCGGAAUGGUAGAUGCAGUGAUGGAGAAAGCAGACGACGUGUUUGCGCCAAGUAAGCCGAGUGGAAGGCGCAUUAAACCACCGGCAAUGGUUGACGAAGUCAUCGAGCCGACCAACGUCAACUCGCCAAGACGACGUGGAAAACCGCCGCCAGAGAUGGUGAACGAAGAAAUCGUGCCGACCCGAGUGAAUCCCACUGGAGGUCGCGGCGGUGGAAAACCACGACAACCUGUCAACGAAGAGGUCGUACCAGAACGGGUCAACCCAGGAAGUCGCCGAGGAAAUGCUCCGAAAAUGGUGGAUGAAGAAAUUGUACCAAGUCGAGUGAACCCCACAGGAGGACGCGGUGGUGGAAAACCACGGCAACCUGUCAACGAAGAAAUUGUGCCGCAACGGGUGAAUCCAGAAAGUCGUCGAGAUAGGGCUCCAAAAAUGGUAGAUGAAGUGAUUAUACCGACCAAUGUGGCACCAAACGUACGUCGAGGCAAACCGCCGCCGCCGACUGAUAAUGAUUAUGACUAUCCAAACAAUGUAGAACCAAGUGGUCGUAACGGGAGACCCCAGGACAGGGAACCGACUGCUGGAAGACCAGGAGGAAGACCGAGCGAGGACAGGAGAAGAAAGCCAGCCGAAGUGAACGGGAGCAAUCACCCGAGAAUGCCGAACGGAAACGGUACGGCGACAACCUCAGAGACGAGGAGGGUGAUACAGACCAACCCCUCCGUGCACACGUACCAGAAGACGACCCGCCACGUGACGUACCGGACCGCCACCACAGUGGAGAGUGAAGAGAGUGAAAGCGAGUACACUGAGGAGGAAGCGACGCCGCCUGGUACACCGGAGUGGAAGAGAAAAGUGAACUGGAACCUGGGCCCGACUCCGCCACAGCGCGCGCCCACACCCCCCGAAGACGACGACGACCCAGACGGCGAGAUUACAGAAGGCACCAAGCAUGUAGAAAUCACCGGAAAUCGCGUCAUCACGACCACGCGGAAGGUGCGCAAGGUCAAGAAGGAAGUCCCCGAGCCAGUGCAGCCGAACGGGCCCCUCUGGUCGACAUCAGUGCAGUGGAGCUCCCAGCCGAAGCAGAAGCAGAAGCCCCCACCGCCUGUCCAGAUUAAACAGGAACAGCGCAUGCAAGUAUCGCCACCCCAGAUGGUUCCAGCGCCUGCCCCGCUCAGUCCCCGCAUCCUAGUGGCGGAGGGCACCUUACCCAGACAACAGUACAUCCCACAGACUGUCCCCUUACAGCAGGUCAUACAGGUGCAGCCACAGCAAGUCCAGCAGAUGCCGGUCGCCUCCCAGCCACAACAGCUGUACAUCCUGCAAACCCAGCCGACAGGCACCAUAGACAGCGGCAUGAGGACUCUAACCCUCCCCAGAGGACAGACCCAGCAGGCUUACAUUCUUCCUGCUGAAGCCUUCCUGGGGACUCAGACUCUACCGGGGAGAGGCCAACAGAUAAGAAUACUGGACGGAGGGAGCAGCUACCGGGUGGACAGCGGGUCCUCCUUGGAAGAGGUGGACAGGUCCGUGCAGAACCUGCAGCAGUCCAUCCAUGAGCUGCACGGGACCAUGAGGAGCACCCGGUCACGUUAUACAUCUGCGACGUCCGCCAGUGGAUACGACUCCCACCUCCGCCCGUCUGCCUAUAGCGAGGUCUCCACGUUUCGGCAUCGCAGCGUGUCCCAAAGCAGUAUUGAUGGGAAGUAA